AUGUGGCUGUCUUCCCUUCUCGUUGGCUUGCUUGCAGCAAAUAAGGUCGUUGGACAGUCCACUGUGGAUGAAUCUGCACAAUAUGUGAUGCCAGUGGGAUCACCCGGCUUCUACAACGGGCACUCUAAUGCUUCCGUCACGUUCGACCAACACUCCGUGCUUCUUGACGGUAAACGCGUCAUGGUAUUUUCUGGGGAAUUCCAUCCAUUCCGCCUCCCCGCUCCAGAGCUAUGGAAGGACGUGUUGGAAAAAUUCAAAGCAGCGGGAUUUAAUGCCGUUUCGGUUUACUGGCACUGGGGCUUGACUUCCCCUCGAGAAGGCGAGAUACGAUUCACCGAACACAACGAUGCGCAGAAAUUUUAUCAAGUCGCGAAGGACGUUGGGUUACUGGUUAUCGUACGCCCAGGACCAUAUGUCAACGCGGAGACGGCUGGCGGCGGUCUGCCCGGUUGGACGACUAAUGUGCCAGGUUUAGCUCGUACGAAUGCAACACUAUAUCGUUCUGCGUGGCACCCAUAUAUACUAUCGUUCGCUCAACAGACAGCACCGUUCCAGUACCCGGAUGGUCCAGUCAUUGCGAUACAGAGCGAAAACGAGUACGCUACAACCGCACAGCAGCACAUACCUGGGCUGGACGAACACAUGCAAGAUAUCGUUAACACGAUGAGAGAGGGUGGCCUGACUCGCAUUCCUACCAUCCACAACGACAAGAAUCCAAGUGGUCAAUACGCUCAACCCGGUCUAGGGAAAGUCGACUUAUAUGGAUGGGACGGGUAUCCUCUAGGCUUUGAUUGCGACAAUCCGUCAAGAUGGACGGAGUUAUCAACGGCUCACGACACGAAUCACCAGAGGUGGAAUCCGGCGGAACCAUUGGCGUUGUACGAGUGGCAAGGAGGAUCGUUUUCGUACUGGUCUGGCCCGGACUAUUCUUUGUGCUAUCAGCUGAUCAACGAGCAGUUUGCCAACGUGUACUACAAGAAUAAUUAUGCUGCCGGAGUGGCUAUCCAAAAUCUGUACAUGACCUACGGUGGGACAAACUGGGGCAAUUUACAUACCCACACGAUAUAUUCGAGUUACGACUAUGGCGCCGCAUUGCGCGAAGAUCGCACACUCAGCCCCAAAAUGGACGAGCUCAAGCUGCAGGCUUCCUUCCUCCGUGCUUCACCUGACUACCUUCUCGUUGGUCGUAUCGGAAAUGGCACCGUCGGGCAAGGAACCGCCUACAGCGACUCCCCCGAUAUCUAUACCACUCACCUGCACGCACCACAAAACGACGUCAACUUCUACUUCGUGCGACAAAAGACAAAUACAAAAACAAGUGAUACGCCGUUCACGCUGCGGGUCAAUACCACGCUAGAAGGGACUAUUUCUAUCCCCAAAUCGGGGUCGAUUGUCCUCGCAGGAAGAGAGUCCAAAAUCCUAGUGACAAAUUACCCAUUUGGGUCUUCCGUUCUGCAUUAUUCCACUGCGGAAGUGAUGACCUGGGCUACGUUGGACGGGGUCGAUAUCAUCGUUUUGUACGCCCUUGAGGGGCAACACGUCGAGAUUGCCGUUGUGGCUCCUGGUAAAGCCAAGGUUACGAUCGCGGGGUCGAAGUCCAUCUCCGCUACGACUACCAACGGUCUGGUCACGUUGAGUGGUUCUGCCUCCGGUAUUUCCGUCGCCACUUUCAACAAUAAGCGAAUCAUCGUAGCCGAUAAGAAGUCGGCCUCUGGCUUUUGGGCCCCUCGACUAUCGACCAGCAGUGCGGAUGGAGUUAGCCACUACGCCCCAACGCCAGACGUCCCUUCAAUCCUUGUUCACGGUCCAUACCUUGUCCGUUCGGCUACAAUACGUGGGCGGACUCUUGCGCUGACCGGUGACCUGAACGCAACCACUACGAUCCAAGUAUUCGCAGGAGCAGAUGUACGUUCUGUGUCAUGGAAUGGGGCCCCCGUCAAUGUUCGAAGGUCAGAACUGGGGAGUAUACAGGGCGUCCUUUCGUUCCCACGUAGUCUCAGCACCGUCGAAAUACCAAAUCUGCAGAACAUUCAGUGGCGAUGUGCCGAUUCUCUUCCAGAGCUUGAACCGAACUUUGAUGAUACCGAUUGGGUUGUUGCGAAUAAGACCUCCACCACGAGACCACAGCAACCGACUGCAGGCAAAUUCGUCCUGUACUCCAGCGAAUACGGGUUUCAUGCCGGCCAAUGGGUGUGGAGAGGCCAUUUUUCUGGAAACGCAACAGGCGUCCAACUUUCUAUUCAAGGCGGUUUCUCGUUUGGGUACUCAGUCUUCUUGAACACUCAUUUCCUGGGGUCUGGACAAGGCAGCUCGCAUAGCCAAGACGGUGUGGAUAUCCUCUCCCCCAGCUUCAAUUUCACACAGGACCAAUUGCUUGACGGAGAUAACGUGUUGACCGUCAUUCACGAUUCCACUGGCAUGAAUCAGGAUUAUGAUAUCAAUGAUGAACACAAAACUCCACGUGGAAUUCGUGGAUAUAGGCUAUUAGGCGAUAAUGGAAUCGAUUUUGAUACGUGGAAAGUCGCGGGCAACUUUGGCGGAGAGAAUGCACCCGACGCCGUUCGUGGUCCCUACAACGAAGGUGGAUGGUGGUUCGAGCGCGCUGGAGCGCACCUACCGGGCUUCGACGCAUCACUGUGGAACACAUCGUGUACUCCAUAUCAAGGACGCUUGACGCCUGGGGUUACAGUUUAUAGAACGUCUUUCUCUCUCAAUAUUCCUCAUGACGCCGACAUCCCCCUGGCGUUCGACCUUGAGUUAGACAACGCUCAACCCCACCGCGUUUUGAUCUACGUCAAUGGGUGGCAAUUUGGAAGAUUCAUAUCUUCGUUGGGCCCCCAAACUAGCUUCCCAGUGCCUGAAGGUAUCUUGAACCACCGCGGGAACAACGAGGUCUUGGUAUCGUUGUGGGCGCUGAAUUCUGGCGGCGCUAGGUUGAAGAAGUUGGAAUUGAACAAACGAGGAACUUUCUCUUCUAGCAAGACAGCUACUGUCAGCCUGGUUAAAGCGCCGAACUGGAAAGAUCUGCGAGCAUGA